GAAUGUAUCACAAGGGAGGAGUUAGCAAAACAGUGAAGUUUAGCCUAGCAGGAAACACCGAGGCUACCACCGCAGCGGUGGAAAAAGAAAGCACCAAUACCACUUUUAGUCUUUAACCGGGGCUCAGUCGUGAUAUUUCCUCAGCAAAUAACCUGUGAGUACUCGCUUACGUGCUGGUCACAUUUUCCACGACUUUUUAUGUGGAGAGAGCUCUUGGCCAACUAAAUCACCGGACACUGGCCGGGGGUGGAAUCUUAUCCAGCGGCUGUAAACUGUGGACCUCGGCUGAGCAACGGCUGUUUUGAAUCAGUGUGUGUCAGUGGGCCCACAGGCUCCACGCCGGUGCUGAGACAGGAUGAAGAGGUUCAGGCGACACGGCCAGGAGUCCCAGAGAGAUCGACUCAAACAGGAACUCUUCCAGUUCAACAAGACAGUGGAGCAUGGAUUCCCCCACCAGCCCAGCGCUCUGGGCUACAGUCCCUCCCUGCAGCUGCUGGCCAUCGGCACACGCUCCGGGGCCAUCAAACUGUAUGGAGCUCCAGGUGUGGAGUUCAUGGGUCUACAUGAUGAGAAUGCUGCUGUCACACAGGUGCACUUCCUCCCCCACCAGGUUGAACUAGUGACUCUGCUGGAUGACAACAGUCUGCACAUGUGGACAUUAAGAGCUCACAAGGGACUCUCUGAACUGAUGGAGAUAGGACGCUUCACACUCACUGGACCUCCUGGUGCCCCUCCAAGUGUGACCCGAGUUACGGCAGUGCUGGCUCACUCCUCAGGGGAGCUGCUGCUGCUGGGGACAGAAGGAGGACAUGUCUUCAUAGUUGAAGUCCCAGGGUUCAGAGAGCUGGAAGAGAGAAACAUUAGUCUCGACCAAGUCGCUAGCAGUGUACCAGACGACUACAUCGGCCGCAGGAAUCUGGAACACAUAGAGGCCUUACAGGAGAACCCGGUCAACCCAAACCAAGUUGUUAUUGGCUAUGGACGAGGUCUCAUGGUCAUCUGGGAUCUGGAGAAACAGUGCGCCAUCCAGCACAUCCCCGCCACACAGCAACUGGAGAGUGUGUGGUGGGCAGAGGACGGAGGCUACAUUCUCAGUUCACACAGUGAUGGAAGUUACUGUCGAUGGAUGGUGAGUGUCGAGGAGGUGAACGAGGAGGAGGAGGAGAAAUCAGACAUUCCUUAUGGACAUUUCCCAUGCAAGGCCAUUUCUAAAAUAAUUCAGCUACCUACACAAGAAGGGCCUCCGUUCCUCCUGUUCAGUGGUGGUAUGCCCAGGGCCAGCUACGGGGACAGACACUGUAUCACAGUGAUCCACAGUAAAACACACGUGGCUCUGGACUUCACCUCCAGGAUAAUCGACUUCUUCGCCAUCAGAGAAGGACCACAGCACAUAGGAGAUCCCAGUGCGCUGGUAGUCCUGGUAGAGGAGGAGCUGGUAGUGAUUGACCUGCAGACGGAGGGCUGGCCGGUCAUUCAGACACCGUACCUGGUUCCCCUCCACAGUUCAGCAAUCACCUGCUCCCACCACGUCUCCGCUAUCCCCCUCAAACUGUGGGAGAGGGUCAUCGCUGCUGGAGACCUGCAGAGCACACACUACUCCAAAAGGCCAUGGCCAAUAACAGGAGGCCAGAAUCUGGCCCCCGACCCUCCACAGAGAGACCUGCUGCUCACAGGGCAUGAGGACGGGACUGUGCGUUUCUGGGAUGCAUCAGGAGUCUGUCUGUAUCCCAUGUAUAAGUUAAGCACAGCUGGAGUGUUCCACACAGAUGCUGAUCCCAAUGAUAACAUGAACCAAGGCACUGAAGGAGAGUGGCCGCCAUUCAGAAAGGUUGGCUGUUUUGACCCCUACAGCGACGACCCGAGGCUCGGCAUACAGAAGAUCCACCUUUGCAAAUACAGUGGUUACCUGACUGUAGCUGGCACCGCUGGACAGAUCCUGGUGCUGGAGCUGAAUGAUGAGGCAGCAGAGCAGACAGUGGAGGCUAAAGUUGUGGAUUUGCUGCAGGGCCAAGAGGGCUUCCGCUGGAAGGGCCACACUCAGCUGGACGUGCGAGAGGAGCCGGUGCUGUUUCCUCCAGGCUUCCAGCCUUUCUCCCUGGUCCAGUGUCAGCCUCCUGCUGUGGUCACGGCCCUCACCCUGCACUCAGAGUGGAAGCUGGUAGCUUUUGGCACCAGCCACGGCUUUGGUCUAUACGAUUACCAACAGAAGAACAACGUCCUCAUCAAGUGCACUCUGAACCCCAGUGACCAGCUGGCCAUGGAGGGUCCUCUGUCCAGGGUGAAGAGCAUUAAGAAAUCCCUCCGACAGUCCUUCAGGAGAAUCAGACGUAGCAGAGUCUCGCUAAGGAAACAUCACGUCAACAACGCUGCCAAGCUCCAGGAGGCGAACGCUCGUCUGGAAGCUGAACUGGCAGAGAUGGAGCUGGCUCCUGUCCAGAGAAAGAUCGAGGCUCGCUCCUCAGACGACUCGUUCACCGGCCUAGUGCGGACGAUCUACUUCGCAGACACCUUCCUCUCGGACAGUUCACAUAACACUCCCUCCCUGUGGGCAGGGACCAAUGGCGGCUGUGUGUUUGCAUACAUGCUCCGCCUUCCUCCUGUAGAGCACAGAGCAGACGAACCAGUCACCGCACAGUCGGCUAAGGAGAUCCAGCUCAUGCACCGCGCUCCUGUUGUUGGUAUCGUGGUGCUGGACGGUCACGGGGCUCCUCUCCCUGAGCCCCUCGAGGUGGCCCACGACCUGGCUCGCUCACCGGACAUGCAGGGCUCACACCACCUCCUGGUCAUAUCUGAGGAGCAGUUUAAGGUUUUCACCCUGCCAAAGGUGAGCGCUAAGAUGAAGCUGAAGCUGACGGCCGUGGAUGGCUCCAGAGUACGGAGGGUGGGCGUGGCCUGGUUUGGCAGCAGUCGCUCGGAGGACUACGGUGAGAGCGGCCUGGUGGUUCUGACCAAUCAGGGUGAUGUCCACGUGGUGUCACUGCCCACAGUCAAGUUGCAGGUUCAUUACCCCUGCGUACGGCGAGAGGACGUCAGCGGCAUCGCUUCCUGUGUCUUCACCAAGCAUGGCCAGGGCUUCUACCUGAUCUCUCCAUCGGAGUUUGAACGCUUCUCUCUGUCCACCCGCUGUGUGGUGGAGCCUCGCUGUCUAGUGGAGGUUCCUCUUCUUUCAGGCUCCUCCACCCAACGCAGGCCAAAGCCUGAUGUAGCUUCAUCUGCUCAUAGAAACGCCAGACAAGACGGUGAAGAUGCAGAAAGUGCAGCUAGACGUGUUAUGGAGCAUGCUUUGCUGAAUGACGAGAAAGUACUUCAAGAGAUCCAGAAGUCACUUGAAGGAGACCAGACGGAAACAUGCAGCCUUAAAGCAGGAGCAGUCAUGGUGAUGGAAGCUAUGGUGUGUUUGCCACAGGUCAUUCCUGGAGAAUAAUGUGAAGAGUGCUGUAGCUUAAGAGACAUCUCUGGCCUGUUGAGAGUGAACCGGCAUGUUGACGUGUAUGAAGCGUACUGCAGUCCUGUAGCAGCACUCGCCUCCUGCUCGGCUGACACAACCACUACUGACCCCUGACCCCUGACCCCUCGCCCAGUGACAACGACCCCUCGUGGAGAGACAGCAGAUGGCUCCCGGCAGCCAUGCUCACUCACGGUGCAGACAGAGGGUGAAGGACGAGACGCCGCCUGUGCCUAAAGACCACACGCUGUACACAAAGGAUCACAGCACGGUCACCACCAUUUAACCCAAAGCUACAUGAAGCACAUUCCUGACAUGUGACCAAUGCCAUGAUUCAUCACAUCCACAUCAACGCCAGCAUCUCCAAUAUGCCAUAGAUGCCACUUGUGGAAGCUGUUUUGACUUAAAGUGCAACCAUACCCACUUCCCUCUGAAAGCCUUCUCACCAGCAGCCUUCUCAUGUGGAUUCUGUGGAAACGCUUCGUCCAAUCACAGGGUGCUCUGCUGUGCAAUCUCACUGGCCUUCAUCUCCCCACACGCACACACAGCUGGAAGGAAUGUGGGGGAUGCUUUGAGUAAUGUUGAUGAAAAUAUUUUAUAGCUUAAGUUUUAUGUGAUUUGUGCCUGAUUUUUUUAUUUUUUAUUUGAGGAACCCUCCGAUUUAUACUGUGGAAGCCCAUUUCUGGCAGGAGAAUAAAAAUCAGAUGAUAAGUUAGGAAUGAUAAUAAAUGAAAAUGCUCAUGGUGAAUUGAAACUAUGUGAUAAGUCAAUAUUAUGGGAUACUAUGUUAAAUUAUGACUCAAUAUUUUGUAUAGAAAGUCAAAAAUCUGGAUUUUCUUUUCACAUUUUAGAUUUAGUUUAAUAUAAGUACAUUUUAAAAGUAAGUUAUAUCUUUGAGGUAGUAUUAUUAAUUUUACUUGCGAGCCCUCAUUUUAUUUAUCGCAUUGUUUUAGUUUUGACUUGGAUCUUGUAUCAUAUAUAUUUUUCACAUACGGUAUCAUCUUUUAGUAAAUCUCAUACUUACUACUUGAAUAAAUGACUUGGUAUUAUAAUUUUACAGUGAAGUCAUACCUUUUACCUAGUAUCCUGUCAUUUUGAUUCAAAACGGUUUGUACUAUUUUGAUGCAAAAGUUUCAUACUCUUGCUUUGGUCAAAACGUUUUUUUAAUCCUUACAUGUCAAAAUCUCCCCCCUCCUUUUUUUUCUUUUUCUAUUUUGAAGUAAAUGGGCUUCUAUAAUAUUCAGAUGAACGAUCAAGGGAAAUGUUUUCAGUGAUGCCCCAGAAGAGAAAAAAAAAAGAUGGAAAAGUUUCUGUAUGAUGGGCCACAUGAUGUUGACUUGUUUUGUUUCUCAGUCAUCAUUCACUAAAUUAGUCCCAGCGUUACAAACUGUAAUGUCCCGAGUUACUGCUGACACAGCCCUCUCCCUCCCGUCCACUCUACUUUGUAACCGGCCAUAGGUACUUCUCCAUACUGCGGAGCUCACAGUGCUGUACUUUUUUGGGGGAACAGCUUUUUAUGGGGUUUUGUUUUUAAUCAUUUUUUAUGUAAACCAUUUUUUAUGCCAGCAAUGAAUAAUGUAAUUUAGGAAUGUAAUUGUAAGCUAUUGUAGUGAAAUGUUUUUAAUAUAUACAGUUUGUAUGUGACUCAGUCUGUACCUGUGGGCCUGUUGUAACUGGGGUUGGCUGCUAUUUAGAUCGUACAAGGAAAUAUUUUGGUACUGUGUCUCAGAAUGCUGGGUAUUUAGCAUCAGCCUAGAAUAUAUUUUUGUAGUGAACUGAUUAAGAACCCUAAAAAUCUUUUAUUUGUAACUUCACACUACAGUUUUCUUGUGGAUUAUUAUUACAUGUUUUUUCCCAAGAA